CAAAGCUUUAGGGGCAGGUGUAGCUGACUCGCUGCAUUCUCUGUCUGCUUAUCACUCCACAACCAUCAGGACCAGGAGAAUGGAGGCUCCCCUGCUUGUCAUCCUGUGCAGCAUAUUGUUGGUGGGUGCUGAAGACUGUCCAACAGGACAAUACACCAAGAGCGGAGAAUGCUGUAUAGCCUGCGGAUCUGGAGAGGGUGUCAUACACGAAUGUGGGGUGAAUCAGACUGUCUGUGAACCCUGCCUUGACAGUGUAACCUAUUCAGACACGACCAGUCACACAGAAGCUUGUAAGCCUUGCACAGAAUGUGAUGGCAAUACACGCAUGAUAGCUCCCUGCGUGGAGACGGAUGACGCAGUGUGUGCUUGUGCUUAUGGGUUCUACAAAAGCGAGGAUAACGGAGUAUGUCUACAUUGUAAGACGUGUCCGAUCGGAUAUGGUAUGAUCCUACCAUGUUAUAUGAACCAAAACACUAUGUGCGAAAAAUGUCCUGAAUGGACCUUUUCAAAUUUGGACAACAACAUGGACCCUUGUCUGCCAUGUACAAUCUGUGAAGAUGAUGAGAUCGAGGAGAAAGUUUGCACUGCAACAUCGGACACAGUAUGCUACGAUCCUAAUCCACGUAUGGCAUCGGUGACACCUUUUACUCUCAGCACGGAUACCACCAUUCAGGACAGCACUGUUGUAGACAUGGAGACAGUCAAUCCAUCUACUGACGGUACUGAGCCUAUCACUCCUAGUGGAGCAGCUGAGAACCUCAUCCCAGUCUACUGCUCCAUUUUAGCUGCGGUUAUUGCAGGACUGGUAGCAUUUAUAGUCUUUAAACGAUGGAACAGCUGUAAACAGAACAAACAAGGGGGUAACAGUCAUCCGGUAAACCAGACCCCAUCCCCAGAAGGAGAGAAGCUUCAUAGUGACAGCGGCAUCUCUGUGAACAGUGAUAGUACAGCUGAACAGCCUACAGGACACACACAAGGUAAGAAUGAUCUUCGCCUAUACAAUAACCUAUCACCACAUAAGCAAGAAGAAGUGGAGAAGCUUCUGACUGGGUCAUUGGAUCAAACUUGGAAAAGUCUGGCUGGAGAACUUGGCUACCAAGAUGAGAUCAUAGACACUUUUACAAGAGAAGAGUUUCCAGUACGAGCUCUGCUUUCUGAUUGGUCCAACAAGGACUGUGCUACCACUGACGCUCUAUAUACAGCUCUACGCAAAAUUCAAAGGGAGGACAUCGCCCAGAGCUUGCAUAGUGAAUCUACUGCUACCUCACCAGUGUAAUCAAGACGCAAUGGGACAGAAGGAAGAUGUUCCAUGUUGAAAUCUUUCAGUGGAACAUUCCGCACGAGAUGUGAAGGAAAGUUUGCCCCUCGACCCUGAAACCCUUCAGCUACCCUUUUCACCCAGUAUUAACGGAGAAUCCGUCUGCACUGAAGCAUUAUUUUCAGUAUUGUGGUGUGUAAUCUUCUCCAUGGACCUUUCAUGUCCUGUAUCUCCAGGUUUCUCACUGUGAUGGACUAUAAGACUUUGAGAUGAUAAGGAAACGGGAACUAUGAAUCUUAAGACAUUGUUUUGAGAAUUCAAAGGUGCACCCACCUUCUUGUAUAGUCAGUCUUUUUUUUUUAUCUAGAUUUAAUAUUUUUUUUUUUAUCUAGACAUUAUAUUGUUUUAUACGCCUCGAAGGGUGACCCCCCUUACCCAAAUGGCUGCUAACCUAAAAAGAGAUUGUUCACUUCAUGCUGUCAUGGUACUGAGACACAACAACCUGAUAAAGUUGUAUCUCACUCAGAUGGACCAUAUUUAACCCAAAGAUCAAGACUAAAUAUUUAAAAAACCCACUUCCAGAAACUCCCACACUUGUAAGUCAACAUUAAGCCCUUAAAAUUUCUAGGUCAAAUUAGAUCUUUAGCGCAUUGUAUGUCAAGCCUUAGUGAUGUCAUCAGCUCCUUCCACUAGUCUCCACUAUUGGAAGGGGAUGGAUCUGCUGUAAACUUUUUAUAUAGAUACAUCAAGACAUUCAGAUAUCCAUAAAAAGAACCCAUAUGAUAUCCAAUGUGCUACCAUUAGAUGAAUCAACCAUAGUUGUGGAAAAACAGGAAAAUACCAAAGUUUUUUCUGAGUAUAGGAGUGUGUAUUGGACCACCAGUAUUCCAUAACUUGGACCAAUGAUCUAGGGAUCAAGCAUGUAUACUUAACCCAUAAGGAUUUAGAGUUGCAUACAUUUAGAUCAUCAAUGAGUACAGCCAGCAGAGCUAGUAUUACUGCCAAGCAUGUAGCCGAAUACAAUGAAUUACUAUUUCAGGCUCUGAGACAAUCAUUCAUGGUGGUACCAAUGACAUACAACUUAUCCCAUAUAGUAUAAGCAAUAUUAGCACAUUCUGAAUGCAAAUAUUAUAAAAAGUAUCUGUUUUUUGAGCCUGUGUCUGAGUUCCCAAUAAUAACCACAUAUCCACAUCCAAAAAUAUUCAGUCCAAUUAUAUGUGCCUCUAAAACAGAGUACCUGAUGAAUUGAUUGGUUGCAGAUUCAUGAACAUUUGUUUAACACACAAUCAUGGCGGCCUCUUUGAAAUAUGCUUUGGAACCACUAAACAGAAGCUAAUAUGACUCCAUGUUGCUUUAUUUGGUCACAUACAUUACUAGGAUCCAUUGGCUGUCACACGAUGAUCCAAAUCAAGCUGCCAAGUACAGUCUUGUGAUAGCAAUCCUAUGGACAACCAUAUGAAAUACCUCCAGCCUGUGACACACUCAGGGAUAAAAUGGACACAUAUAACAUUAUCCAAACACAGACCAGACACUAGUGAGAACAAUCAGGUUAUGCAUUCUAUUGCUAGAUCCACACCAUUAAGUAAACAGUAGCCAACAUUAUGUACAUUUAAUAUAUUCUGGUGUCCAGGAUAAAGUUUUUGUUACCCAUUCUAAUCAUUUGUUGACAUAAAUGAGCAGUUUAGUAUUAGAAAAACAUGACUACUUUCUUCCAAGAACAGGACCACACCUGUCUUCAAUGAAGAUGAUCUAUUAAAACCAGAUACAAUCCAUGGACAGGUGUGAUAAUGCUUCUGGAAGAAAGCAGCAAUUUUUUCCUAAUCCUGGACAACUCUUUUAAAUGUUUAAAAGGCCUUCAAACCACUGUUGGCUAGAAUGUGGUUGGAUAUUGGAAAUCACCUUUUCUUAUGCAUCAAUUCUCUGUGUCUCGGGACAUGAAGAUUUAUCUGGUGUCUCAAAUUACAAGCAUAUAGUUUGACCUUUCUGCUUGAAUCCAUGAAGUCAAAAUGACCUAUAGACCACCAGUCUUUAUAUAACCCAUCUUGUAUUGACCAUAGGACCCUUAAAUCCUCAGAACUCUAGCAGUAUGUCAGCUACGGAUUCUUUCUCCAACCUAUGGUAAGAUUCAUCUGUCUCUGAAUUCACCACCUUAAUGAAUUCAGUAGCCAGUUCUUUAAGGGUAACAGUUAAGUUCUGAUUAGAAACUCUGACCAUUUAGUGGCCACCAAAAAUUCAAGAUCAGAUAAAGACUAGGUGGUUACUCCUUGUAGUAGAUUUUUACUAACUAUUAGUGACCUAAAUUCUAAUCAAAGCCUACAAUGCCAAAAAUGCACUAGGUGUUGAUGUUCCAGAUACUAUAAAACCCCAAAACAAAAUGUUAUUUCUGAGAAGACAUUGUCAUGGUGCUCUCACUCUUUGUCUUCCAUGUAUUCAGCUGACAGGUAUAAGAUUUCAUGUUCAUAAAUGAUUGCAGCUAAGUAUAGAGGAGAUGUGGAGGUAUGAAGUAUAAGAUGGACACUUUUACCAGGACCUCAUGGGCCAUACCACUAAUACCGUUACCUAUAGUAUGUGCUUCACACUUCACUGAUGGUUAGUGAGUAGUCUAGAAUUUGAAUGGUACCGUGAAAAAUGUUGUAAAAUGUUAGAAAAAGUGUCUAAUAAGAAAUGUUGGAAACAGGGUACAACACAUAAUGCCCCCAUACUCAAGUGCCACAACACUUCCUAUUAUGAUAUGGACAUGUUCUCCACUCUCCUCUUACUGUCCUUUUCUAUAUUUUCUAUUGUGUAUGCCUAUGUACACUAGAGUAGGUUUUUAGGCAAUAGACACCUACAACACUGUGGAUGAGAACAUUAAAAGUAACUUGAGAAAUCUAAUUGCAAACAGGUCUAUGAAAACUAAAGUAGACAAUGUUGACCAUAAGCCAUAUAGCUUUGUAUAAUCCUUUACUUCUGGCUCUUUCCUAUGUUAUCUUAUAUUUCCUGGCAAACAGCCUCUUGUGAUUGCAACAAUGCAGAUUAAUUAGAAAAACAUGGCUGCUUGCUUAAAAAUAGUACCAUAACUGUCAAUGAGUUGUGUCUAGUAUAGCGGCUUAAAUACAGUGACGUGAAAGGGGCUGAGUUGCAAUGCCACACACAAUCUGUGGGCAGGUAUGGAGCUGCUUUUGAAAGAAGACAGCCAUGUUUUUCUAAUUCUUUACAUCCCUUUGACAGAUAUGACUAGCGUUCAUGAUUUGCACCGUGAGGCCAAUUUUUCAGAGCUGCAGUUGGAAUACUUUGCCAAGUGUCUGCUCCUUUGGCUUUUUGCAUAAGUUGCAAUUGAUAAUUAGGCAUCAGCGGAGUUAGGUUACAAGAUCACUUAAGCCAAAGUCAUUUGGCCCAGGCUUGGAAAAGGAUUCUCAAAUAUCCUAAGCUCCUGGAGUAACGCUUAUAGAUUGUUAAAAGAAGCAAUGAAGAAUUGAAAUAGAUCAGUUGUCAUUCAGCUGUAUCAGCAGUAUCAGCUAAAGCACUUAAGCAGAGGUCAUAGCCUUUCCAAUUCAACCUGUGAGGUCAGAGGUCAUGUUUCGGGCCUAGUUACCAUUAUUUACCAUGAAAUACAACAAAUAAUGUGCCUUUAUUUUACUAUAUAUGUUGUCUUUUCUGUAACAAAUUCUAAUUGCAGCAUUUCUGCUAUUUUAAAAAAAUAAUUUUUUAGAGCACUUUUUAUAUAAAUAUCUAAACUUGUUGGAUUUUUUUUGGUCUGUUAAUAUUGUUUGUUAUUGUUCGGCUGUUUUUUUUCUGCGUUUGAUUUUGUUAAAAUUGUAAAUAUUGAUGUUUUAUUCUGUAAUAAGCCUAGAUCCUUCCCUUCCUCUCCCUGCCUCAGCCAGCCCCAUGUAAAAUAAUUUGACUGACAAUUACAAAACCGACAUUACAACUA